CAGUCUGCGCUGCUUUCACUGCCCGGUCCGCAGGUUUAACUGCGCUGCCGCACACAGCACCAGAAGCUACUAAGCACGUAGUCACACACUAAUGAAACGUGCAAUGGCCGAGAAGUAGUAUUCACGGGCAUAGAUGGUCAACCUGUGUAGUCUUCGCUGAGGGAUUAUUUGUUUUUCUUCCUGGAGGUGUGAUAUCGCAGCUAUGGUGUGCUGUCAGACUCCCAGAAGUUUACGCAGGAGAGAGUGGGGCUUCGCUCCUCUGCUGGCUGCCGCGCUGCUCACUCUUCUGUUCGCAGGGAUGCAACAAACCACAGCGUUUCCCUCCUGGAGGUUCGAGGAAGAAGCUUACACCACAUCGUUGCUCAUCGGGAUCCGCAAAGAGGCCCGGUCACAGGUGCUGCACCUCUCCAGGAACAAGCGCUACACCCUCACCCCGGAGCAGCUCAAAUGGGACCAGUUCAAGCUAACAUACAAGUUACUCUCGUUUCCUACAAACUUGAUAAACGCCAGCGACACACGCCGAGGCAUCGCCAAGGCUUUCGGCUUGUGGAGCGACGUCUCGCCGUUCAGCUUCAGAGAGGUGCCAGCUGACCAAGAAGCGGCCAUUAAGAUCGGCUUCUACCCCAUCAACCACACAGACUGUCUGCAGUCCUACUUGCACCAUUGUUUCGACGGCAUCACGGGAGAAUUGGCUCACGCGUUCUUCCCGCCAACUGGCGAGAUCCACUUCGACGACCAUGAAUACUGGAUUCUGGGAAACAUGCGAUUUAGCUGGAAGAAAGGAGUUUGGCUGACAGAUCUUGUCCAUGUGGCAACUCACGAAAUUGGCCACGUCCUGGGACUCAUGCACUCCAUGAAUCCGAAAGCUAUAAUGCACCUGAAUGCAACUCUGACAGGGCGCAAGCUGAUCACACAGGAUGAUGUGUGGGGAUUGCACCGUCUCUACGGAUGUUUGGACCGGUUAUUUAUCUGUCCGGCCUGGGCUCGCAAAGGCUAUUGCGAAAGCAAGCGUAAACUGAUGCAGAAGCACUGCCCCUCCAGCUGUGAUUUCUGUUACGAAUUUCCUUUCCCCACUGUGGCUCCCACCCCAGCACCCCCAAGGACCAAACACAAGCUGGUCGUCGAGGGCAAGAAGCUCACUUUUCGUUGUGGGAAGAAAAUAGCGUCAAAGAAAGGCAAAGUAUACUGGUACAAGGACGGGGAGCUGCUGGAGUUCUCUCACCCCAACUACAUCUCCUUAAAGGACGACCACAUCACUAUAGUGGCAAACGCCAUCAACGAAGGCACAUACACCUGCAUUGUGAAGAAGAAAGAAAAAGUGCUGACAAACUACUCAUGGAGAGUGCGUGUGCGCUUCUGAGGGCCAUGGUGAACAGGACGCAUUCACACGGUCACAAGGAGACCUCAUUCACUAGGGCACAUAUUUCUGUUUGUUUAAAAAAAGAAAAGAAAUGUAUUUCCUGUAUCUUCCACAUACAGCUGUCUGACUAUCGUCGGUUGUCAUUGUGUAAAUGCGUUUUUAACAGGUGCAAAUAAUAAAUGUUCCGUGACAAGUAGAGUUCUACUGCAAACACCUGACUGUGAAGAGAUGUGCAUGACAGACGUUGUGGUUUCCAGUUUAUUUGGUGAUGAAAGAUCCUUGCAGCGCUCCUUGCCGGCUGUACGGGACAAUAACAUCUACGUCUGGAUUUCUUCAAGCUCUUGCUGCUAAGACAGUAAUGGUCCAAGACCACCCAGGUCAGCAAAAUGUGGACUAAUUAAAGGUGCAUCUCAAUAAAUUAGACUAUCAUAGAAAAGCUUAUUUCUGUCAGUAAUUAAAUUCAAAAAGUGGAAAUAACUAUUAUAUAUAACAUUAUAUAGAUCCAUUACACACAGAAUGAAACAUCUCAUGUCUUAAUCAUAGACUGGUCUUAAUUUAUUGAAUUUCUUCUAAUUAUAAUGAUUAUGGCUUACAUUUAAUGAAGACCUAAAAAUUCAGUGUCCCCCAAAAAAAUGUAAUAAUACAAAGGACCAAUUUUAAAAAGUAUGUUUAAUAUGGAAAUGUUGGCCUCUGGAAAGUAUGUCCAUCUAUAUGCACUCAAUACUUGGUUGGUGCUAUUUGACUUGAACUACUGGAAAUGGACUUUUCCAUGAUAUUUUAAUAUAUUGAAAUGCACCUGUAGAUGUCAUUGUAGUUUAAUUCUAAAUAAAGUUGGAGACUGCAAACACAAAUAAUCCAACAAACAUUAAUGUCCCUCAUUUUCUGAAAAAGUUACGGAAGCCCUCACUUGCCAUUUGAAUUAUUUACAAGCUGACCAAACUAAACCACAAAAGCCAGAAUAAGCAAUAUUGUCUACAGCCUUUGGAACUAUUUGGACCUUAAACCACAUAUGGAACACCUCAGACGUCUAGCUUACUUUACUAGCCUCACAGUGAAGCCAGCAGCCUGCCUCCAGAGACCGAGCAGUCGGUUCCACAUGCAGCUCUCCUUCCAAGCUUAUUCAACACAUCAGGUGUAAUAAUCUGCAGAAGGGCUCCUGUGGGGGCAGGGGAUAGAUAAAACUGAUUAAUGAACAUUUCCAUUUAGUGCUGGCUCUAGACAUCCCAAGAUGUUUUUUCUGCGCCUGUUACUGUGAAAGCAGUCUUGCAGGGCAUUCAAUUCUACUGUACUGUUUAUUUUUCUUCGGCUCAAAAUCAAAGAAUUUAUUGGUGUAAUUCUGAAGUCGCAGAGCCAUUUAAAAACAAAA